AUGGAGCAACCGAAUCAAUGGCUGACGCAGACGGAACAGGAGGAGCUGGCGUACAUGUACCAGCAAGAAGGGGUUCCCGUGCCCGGCAUGGAGCAACAGUUCGCGGAGCCGCCGCUGCCUGGCCAUCAAGAGCAGUACUACACGCCGCCGAUGGCGACCCCGUCGUUCCAUCCAUCUCGCAGCUCCGAUUUCCCGAGCUUUGGAGGCUCGUCGUCGUUGCCGAACCUGCCGUUCGGAUCGACGACGGUGAAGAACGAGCUGGGGCAGCCGUCUCCGCCGCCGCCAUCGUCCAACUUCCUCUCCUUCGGCGCCGGCCAGGCUGGCACCCUGAACUUCUCGGGAGGCGCCUGGCAGCACGACGGCGUGGAAGGGACGAUGCAGCUGCAGGCGCCGGAGAGGCGGAGCAGGGCGCCGGCGAACGCGCAGGAGCACGUCAUCGCCGAGCGCAAGCGACGGGAGAAGCUGCAGCAGCAGUUCGUGUCUUUGGCCACCAUCGUCCCCGGCCUCAGGAAGGUGCGUGACAAGGAAACGUGGCUGCAUUCACGUGGUCACCACACCAACUGCCCGCGGCGAGCUCCAUUAGUUACCCUUCGCCAUUGUUUUCAGACAGACAAGAUCUCUCUGCUGGGGAGCACCAUCGACUACGUGAAGCAGCUGGAGGACAAGGUGAGGGCGCUGGAGGAGCAAGGCUCGCGGAGGUCGUCGGAGUCCACCACCGUCUUCGAGAGCAAGUGCCGCAUAUCGGCCGCCGACAACGACGCAGCAGGACCCAGCGGGUCCGGGGACGCGGCCGAGGACUCGAGCCCGGCCGUCGAGGCCAGCAUCCGGGGGCACACGGCGCUCCUGAAAAUCUGCUGCAAGGAGAGGAGAGGGGUGCUGGUGAUGGUCCUCUCCGAGCUCGAGAACCAGGGCCUCUCCAUCAUAAACACCAACGUCGUCCCGUUCACCGACUCCUGCCUCAACAUCACCAUCACGGCCAAGAUCGAAGAGGGCUUCUCGUCCGCGGCUGAGCUCGUGAGGAACCUGACGGUGGCUCUCAGAAGUUUCAGCUGA